AGAGAGGGAGGGAGGGAGAGAACGAAGGACAGGGAAUUGUAAAGCGAAUCUCCCAAGGACACAAUACAAAGCAGUAGGAACGGAGCGGGGCGAACACGAAGACGAUCCGGACUAAUGUUGCCGCAGUGUCUCGCGCAAGAGCGACGGAGACGAGAAGCCCACAGGAAUUGCGUUGGAAACGCACCAGCGUUGGUCUCCUUGCUUGUGCGCUGUUGAUUCUCAUCGUGCAAGGACGGGAAGAAAGUGUCUUCCUCUGGCGCGGCCCUAUCCUGGGCAGGAAGGAGGAGAUUGGGAAAAAUUGUGUCCUGUUCAAGCAGGGCGGAUACGGGCAGGGAGUCGAGGAGUUUGAAACAAAUCAGCGAAAUAGAAAGAAAGAGGGGGCGGUGGGCGCGUCUGGAUUUGGGAAGCCUACUGUCGAUACGAGGUCCCGAGUAAAGUGAGCGGUGAAGCUAGCGAACUGGAAUACAGGCGGAGUUAGUCGUGUACCUCGUACAAACUUUCAUGGGAGGCCACUUGUUCACCUCUUAUUCGUCUCCAGGCCUGUAUUAUUACAGCACUGAGUCGGUGGCCAGCAUCUUCUUUAGUCUUGUUCCGAGUCAUCAGCGACAACUGCUUCCAUAUGUGUGGCUACCUUGAGUCCCGCCUGAAGGCCUCAUCAUCGAUUCUUGCUAAGAAAUCAUAAUCCUGCUUAUGUCUCCCCAUAUCUCUAUAUUCGUCAAAUCCGUGUUCGAUGGGUUCUUCUUGUCAAUGCUGGCGACAAGCGUUAUUGUGGUAUCAGUGAAUUGGCAGCGAUAUAAUAAGUGUACAUAUCCACUCCACAUAUGGAUCGUGGUGGACUAUGCAACAGUUUUCCUUUUUCGUGUAUUUAUGUUCAUCGACAAUGGACUGGCAGCGGGAAUGGGACCGGACGCCAGUAGGGAAGAGAGGGAUUCACGUUUUAAAGGGCGAGUAGCAGUCAUCUCAUUCCUCACUUUUAUACUAUACCCAUUCCUGUGGGCUUGGACGGUGAUUGGAAGCCUCUGGUUUACAGACGCCAAAACUUGCUUGCCAGAAGAAGGCCAAAAGUGGGGAUUUUUGAUAUGGCUGGUUUUCAGUUACUGUGGAUUGAUUUGCGUGGCCUGCAUCUCCGCUGGCAAGUGGCUAUUGAGGCGGCAAGCACACUUGCAAUUAGUUUCACACGGUUCUGCUCCAGUCUCUGAAUUUCAGGUCUUGUUCGAGCUGAUCAGGGUACCUGAUUGGGCUUUUCUCUCGGUGGCCUCUGGUCAAGAGAACAAUAUUGGCCAAGGAGGACAGGAUACAGUUUCGUAUCAUCCCGGGCUCUACUUGUCCCCUUUACAGAGAGAAGAGGUAGAGAAACUCAUACAGGAACUGCCCAAAUUUCGGCUUAAAGGGGUUCCGUCAGAGUGCACUGCCUGCCCGAUUUGCUUAGAUGAGUUUGAGGUUGGAACUGAGGUGCGAGGCUUGCCAUGCGCACACAACUUUCACGUGGCUUGCAUCGACGAGUGGUUGCGGCUGAACGUGAAAUGUCCUCACUGUCGCUGCCCUGUAUUUCCGGAACUUGAUUUUUCAGCUGGCACGCCAUCCCCCUCUCAACCGUAUCCUGGAACUGAGCGUGGAAGUGGGAGUGGUGGAAUGGGUUCAGUCCAAGGUGGGUCAGCCUCUACUAAUAAUCGAAGUCGGCUCAUAAGAGCCCACCCUGGUCUUGGUCAAAGCAAUCUAUUAAGGUUACAAGAUUUAUUGAGAACCAUGCAUAGCCGAGAGCCACAUUUUGAGGAACCUGUUGCAAACGUCCCACCUCAGGAGACAAAUUACUCUGAGACGCCUCAAGGGCCUGACCAAAGUUCUUUGAGCUUGACCCUGAAAGUCGAUGAUGGUAAUUCUGGUGAUGCAGAGGCUCCUCCCGAUACGGCGUUGAGAGACAUUUCUUCUUUCCAAAUAGGCGGUUCUGGUGGUGCAGAGGGUUCCAGACAUCACAUGGAACCUCCCGUGGUGGUCGUAGUAGAUAGAUCGCCUCUUGAUCGGAUGUAGGUAGUGCGCAGGUCAGCUUGUUAAGGUAUUGUGUCCUGUUGUAAUUCUAGAGCUUAGAUAUUCUUUCCGUUCAAUUUUUGAGAAAAAUGGUCCGAUUAAACAGAUGGCAAAUUCGUACAUGCAGCCAUGUUUCAGGAUUUGCCUGUCAGAUAUGUUCAUUUUCGUUUCUGGGUGCAUUUAUUAAGAAUCCAGUUACCAUUACAACCAUUAUGGUUCUUUGAAAGCAUGAGUUGGCUCUUCGAAGCUCCUUCUGUGUCUGAGAAGUCUGCCGAGGCCACCUUUUCCCGGGAGCACGUUCAGUAUAUUCCAAGAUCGAUUGUACAGUAUCCAAAGAUGGGAGUGACACC